CUGUAUCAUGCAGUACGAACAGCAAAGAACCCUCCCAAUGAUGUACUAUCAUGACUCUUCUGUCUGUUGAACUGGGGGAACCAUUGGGUUCGCGUGAUGCAGAGCGACGUCACACGUGGUGGACAUGUCUAAAAGUCCAAGUUUGAGGCCCAACUCCCUCGCCUCUGCCACCAGCUGCGUUUGUUGCAUUCCCCACCUGGGCUUCCUCACCUCACCACCUCGUAAUUAAUUGACAUCCCUCCUUCAUUUUCAAAACCAUUUGCUUUCUCCUUCUACAUCCUUACAGCCGACUCUACUGUUUUGUUUCGUGCUUUCCAGCGUCUGGCUGCGUCUGCGUCUAUCUCGCUGUUUAUUCGUCAAUCCUCUUUGCAGUCCUUGCUGUUCGGAGUAUCUCCCACCUUGUAAACUCGUACAAGGUCAUCUGAAACACACCAGAGUGGUUGCCUGCCAUGGCAGGCCGCAGAUACGUCGACGAUAUAUCCAUUGACCGCUACGACGACCGUCAGGAUUAUGGUGCAAGAGGUGGUCGUCGGGUAUAUGAAGAGCGUUAUGUGGAUGAAGAGAUAGAUUACCGUCGUCCUGCCCCAGUACGUGAACGGGAAAGGGAACGGGAGCGAGAGGUGAUCAUCCGAGAUGAAGUCCGCGAUAGACCAAGGUCGCCUCCAGCAUUUUUACGAGAGGACUAUGGCCGAACCACGGCCGGCCCAGUGGUACUUCGAGCACGAGAGCGAGAAGAGUUUGACUAUGUACCUCGACCUCGUAGGCGAUCUCCCUCUCCUGAGCCAGAAAGACGGGUUGAAAAGGAGGAGAUCAUAAUAAGAGGCAGGGAAGAGUCAGAGUCUCGACCCCCACCUCGCAGAAGGGAGAGAGAUCGAGAGGUCGAUCGAGAGGAGAUCAUUAUCCGCCGGGACGAAAGAGAAGUGGACAGACGACCACCACCUCCUCCAGCCCCUCGUGAACGAGAGCGCGAGCGAGAGGAAAUUAUCAUUCGGAGGGAUGAAAGAGACCGUGAUGUACGACCUCCCGCUGCAUUAAAUACCUCCCGGGAAGAGAUCAUCAUUCGACGUGACGAGGAUGAUCGACGAUCACGUUUCGACGGAGACUAUGAUCGGGACGAUGUCAUUUCGAGGAGAGGGGAUUACGUGAGACGUCCGGGUAGAGGUGAAAUCGAGAGAGACGAAAUCAUCAUUCGUCGUGAAGAACAGAAUCUGGAGCCUCGGCGUGGAUACGACGAUUACGCCUUAACUCGCCCCAAAUCACAUGAACGGGCCAGAUCUCGAGCCCGACGAUCCAGCAGUGCCGGUUCUGGCCAAGAAAUCAUCAUCCGACAAGAAGAACGAGAAGGUCGGGGAGGAAUUCGCGACAAACAAGAGAUCAUCAUCCGGCGCAACUCUCGCUCACGAUCUCCCAGCUCGAUGACUUCAGCACCGGCACCUCCACCUGCCGCUGAACCGCUGGUCGUCAAUGCUCCCACCAUCCAUCAGGAAGUCAUCACCCAUCAUCGCCACAUUGAUCACGGUUACGAGCUAGCGAUCCCUUCGAGACCUCGUCCCAUCUCCCGUCCACCGUCACCACCAAGCCCACCGUUGCCUCCGCCAGCUCCUCGUGCUCGCUCAGAAGAACGGAUUGAAAUCGACAGAACACAAACGAGGAAUGGCCGGACCGAGAAUGAGAGAAUCGUUAUUGACCGCAACGAGGGAGCAAGAAGCGUCGCUCCUUACUCUCCGCCACCACCACGAGACCCAUAUUACGACCCUCCACCACCUCCUCGAGACCAGUACCGAGGCUAUGAUCGAGAUGUCCAGGAAGAAGCUGAAUACUACAACCAACGUGCCAUGGAACGGGCUUACGUCGGAGAGGGUUACAGAGGUGCUGUGAAAGAUUGGGCGAUGGUGGAUGUUCCUCCAGGCACAAAUCGCGUCCGCAUGGACGGUGCUGGUGGUGGCGCCCAAGAAAUCACCUGGCAGAGAUACAAUGGUGUCCGCAGAAGCAAGUUUAUGCCCGAAGGAGCUGAUGAUGGUUAUAACAACGAAAUUGGCAGACCUGCACCAUUACCGGCGCCUGCCCCACUGCCAGUCCCAGCACCUGUUCCGGCAGGGAACGGGGAUAUUGGACGACGAUACGGGCGUAUGCCGGAUCCUAAGGACGGCUUGUGGACUGAGAUUACCAAGGACCUGGUUGUCAAGGAAGCCAUUCAAGAGAUGGGUUAUGAGUAUGAGGAGACUGAAGAUUUCUACUAUAUCAUUGCCUAUCUGCGCUAUGAAGACGUUGCUCGUCUCGUCGGUCUGUCUGAAGACAUACGCAAAGACCGCAAGAAGCGCAUCAAGGAGAUGGAUUGGGAGAGCCGAGUUGUACCUCCUCCUGCCAUUGAGGACGUGCAACGUCCACUGAUGAUCGAGCCACCCCAACCACCUCGUUCUCGUCAAGAAUGGGAUCGAGAAGAAGAGCGCUAUAUUGAGCGUGAAGUUGUCUACAGAGGAGGUCGUCCUCCACCACCUGUGAACUGGAGACGUUGAGCAUGAUCAUGCCGGUCAACUUUCAGCGCAGUAACGAUACACAAAACGACACGAAUUUCCUUUUAUCCAUUUUCGAAGAUCGAGAACGAUAUACCGCAUGCCAUUUACAUUCCACGAAAUGACGAAACACCAUGACAGACACGAACAGAAUGCAUUUGUCCUUCUCGGCUGCAUUUCAGCAAGCGUAGGAUCAUUUUUGGAUGGAUCCGUAUUUCCGUUGAUGACUGUCAUGUGGAAACGAUGCAUGUGUCAGCUUGUUUAAGCAUGAGGUAUGAUUUUCGACAGCCUUGCUUGGUUUUGUGCAGUGCGGAUUUUACAAGGUCAUGAUUUGAGGACAUGAUGAGACAGCCUUUUGCAGACCCUAGAUAUUGAUGUUUUGUGGACUAAAAGCAUUUGAUACGUUCAAGAUAGCACAACUGUUUUCCGAAUGACCUCUUUUGAUGCUUGACAUGCGAAUACUAGCAUCU